AUGACCAGUGAUGACCUGACCAGUGAUGACCCGACCAGUGAUGACCCGACCAGUGAUAACCUGACCAGUGAUGACCCGACCAGUGAUGACCUGACCAGUGAUGACCCGACCAGUGAUGACCUGACCAGUGAUGACCUGACCAAUGAUGACCCGACCAGUGAUGACCCGACCAGUGAUGACCCGACCAGUGAUGACCUGACCAGUGAUGACCCGACCAGUGAUGACCCGACCAGUGAUGACCCGACCAGUGAUGACCUGACCAGUGAUGACCCGACCAGUGAUGACCCGACCAGUGAUGACCCGACCAGUGAUGACCUGACCAGUGAUGACCUGACCAGUGAUAACCUGAUCAGUGAUGACCUGACCAGUGAUGACCUGACCAGUGAUAACCUGACCAGUGAUGACCUGACCAGUGAUAACCUGACCAGUGAUAACCUGACCAGUGAUGACCUGACCAGUGAUGACCCGACCAAUGAUGACCCGACCAGUGAUGACCUGACCAAUGAUGACCCGACCAGGGAUGACCCGACCAGUGAUGACCAGAGUGAUCUUACUGUGGAGAGUGAUCUUACUGUGGAGAGUGAUCUUACUGUGGAGAGUGAUCUUACUGUGGAGAGUGAUCUUACUGUGGAGAGUGAUCUUACUGUGGAGAGUGAUCUGACUGUGGAGAGUGAUCUGACUGUGGAGAGUGAUCUGACUGUGGAGAGUGAUCUUACUGUGGAGAGUGAUCUUACUGUGGAGAGUGAUCUGACUGUGGAGAGUGAUCUGACUGUGGAGAGUGAUCUGACUGUGGAGAGUGAUCUUACUGUGGAGAGUGAUCUUACUAGUGAUCUUACUGUGGAGAGUGAUCUUACUGUGGAGAGUGAUCUUACUGUGGAGAGUGAUCUGACUGUGGAGAGUGAUCUGACUGUGGAGAGUGAUCUGACUGUGGAGAGUGAUCUUACUGGGGAGAGUGAUCUGACUGUGGAGAGUGAUCUGACUGUGGAGAGUGAUCUGACUGUGGAGAGUGAUCUUACUGUGGAGAGUGAUCUGACUGUGGAGAGUGAUCUGACUGUGGAGAGUGAUCUGACUGUGGAGAGUGAUCUUACUGUGGAGAGUGAUCUGACUGUGGAGAGUGAUCUGACUGUGGAGAGUGAUCUUACUAGUGAUCUUACUGGGGAGAGUGAUCUGACUGUGGAGAGUGAUCUGACUGUGGAGAGUGAUCUGACUGUGGAGAGUGAUCUGACUGUGGAGAGUGAUCUUACUGUGGAGAGUGAUCUUACUGGGGAGAGUGAUCUGACUGUGGAGAGUGAUCUGACUGUGGAGAGUGAUCUGACUGUGGAAAGUGAUCUUACUGUGGAGAGUGAUCUGACUGUGGAGAGUGAUCUGACUGUGGAGAGUGAUCUGACUGUGGAGAGUGAUCUGACUGUGGAAAGUGAUCUUACUGUGGAGAGUGAUCUGACUGUGGAGAGUGAUCUGACUGUGGAGAGUGAUCUGACUGUGGAGAGUGAUCUGACUGUGGAGAGUGAUCUGACUGUGGAGAGUGAUCUUACUGUGGAGAGUGAUCUUACUGUGGAGAGUGAUCUUACUGUGGAGAGUGAUCUUACUGUGGAGAGUGAUCUUACUGGGGAGAGUGAUAUUACUGGGGAGAGUGAUCUUACUGUGGAGAAUGAUCUUACUUUCAAAACAUAUCAUAAAAAUCUUUGA